AACGGUCAGUUAGCGCUCCGAAGUCAUAGAAAGAAGACUAACGUGGAAAAAUGAAUAACGUUAAUAAUGUUAAUAUCAACGUCCAGUGCGAAUGCUACCAUCGUCGUGGCCUUCUCUACUACGCGAAUCCUUGGGCUUGGGGUCGUCCUUGCCGCAGAUGUCGUCGCAUGAUGUCCAGAAACAACAUUGUGGUGUCCGUGCCAGCAAACCAGAUGGCUGUGCCAGUGCAGACCACCACCACCACAGUGAUGCCUGCCCAGUGUGCAACCCACUGGCAGGAGCCACAGACUAUGUCCGCUUUGCCGCCCAAGUACGAUCAGGCUGUGGCAGCUCACUAAACGACAACUGAUGGAUCUUUUUUGAAACUUAAUAAAAACCAAAAUAAAAUACAAUCAAGAACAUUGCAAAA